GUUAAAAGAGAAUAUCUACUUCAUUCAGGCGUUACUGCACUAUGUGCUGUGGCAGUCUGCGUAUCUUGACACCUUGACUUGACUGCAUUUGCACUGUUUUAGUAUUGUGCCUUUUUUUUCCUCUUUUUUCUUGGAUAUAAAUGACUGAUUGCCAAAUGGUUUCCUCAGAUUUUACAGCUGAUGAGAAGAUGGAGAUCGAGAGCAUUAAGACGUAUAAGAAAGACCUACUGGAUGAUAUCCAGAGGUUGAAGAUGGAGAUAGACAACGUAAUGGCAGAAAUACUCAGCUUUGAGUCUGCGGAGGAAAACAAGACUAUAGAGAAGAGCAAACAGUUCUCAAAUGGGAAGAAGAAAUUCAACAUGGACCCCAAAAAGGGCAUCAAUUACCUGGUGGAGAAUCAGCUGCUAGAUGGAAGUGCCCAAUCCAUUGCUGAGUUUCUGUACAAAGAGGAGGGACUCAACAAGACAGCAAUUGGAGAAUUUCUUGGAGAAAGGGAGGAAAUCCACCUCCAGACCCUGAAGGCUUUUGUGGAACUGCACGAGUUCUCUGACCUCAACCUGGUCCAGGCCCUCAGACAGUUUCUGUGGAGUUUCCGUCUGCCUGGUGAAGCCCAAAAGAUAGACCGCAUGAUGGAGGCCUUCGCCACACGCUACUGUGACUGCAACACUCAUGUCUUCCAGUCAUCUGACACGUGCUACAUCCUGUCUUUUGCCAUAAUCAUGCUCAACACCAGCCUCCACAACCCCAAUGUGAAGGACAAGACCACUCUGGAGCGCUUCAUCUCCAUGAACAGAGGCAUCAACAACGGAGAGGAUCUACCCAAUGAUCUGCUCUCGAAACUGUAUGAGAGCAUUCGCAACGAGCCUUUCAAAAUCCCAGAGGAUGAUGGGAACGAUCUGACUCACACCUUCUUCAACCCUGACAGAGAAGGAUGGCUCCUUAAACUUGGAGGCCGAGUGAAGACGUGGAAGAGACGAUGGUUCAUCCUGACUGACAACUGCCUCUACUACUUUGAGUUCACCACUGAUAAAGAGCCCAGAGGCAUCAUCCCUCUAGAGAACCUUUGUGUGAGAGAAGUGCCAUAUCCUCGCAAACCGUACUGUCUGGAGCUGUACAACCCAAACAGUCGAGGGCAGAAGAUCAAAGCAUGUAAAACAGAGACGGACGGCAGAGUGGUGGAGGGCAAACAUCAGUCCUACACCAUCUGUGCCGCCAGCGCUGAGGAGAGAGACUCCUGGAUUGAGGCCAUCAGAGCAAGUAUCACCAAAGAUCCAUUCUACGACUUGGUUUCAGUCCGUAAGAAGAAGGUCAUAAACCAAGCGCCUCAGGACUGAGCUGUCCAGUGCCCCUCAUGGAUGCUUAUGGUACAGCACCACAAUGAGAUUCUGUCCCCCUUUCAGUUGUAUUAAACUCUCUGUAACACAACUGACUUAGGACACUGAUGGCUAGACAGAAGGACACUGACAGUGGUUGUUUCCACUUCUCUUUUUACAGACUGAACAGUGUCAAAGGUCAACAAUGUUGACUCAAUUCUGUUGCUUCCAUUGUCAACGUGACAAGCCACAGACCAUUUGUUGGCAAGAUGGUUUAGUGAGAACUCAAUCUUGUGAGAACUCAGUGUUGUGGAUUUUGUUUGGUGUUUUUUUUUUUUAUUAUUGUUUUGUAUUUUUGUUUACAUAAUUUUUAAAAAGUGGCUGUGUAUCGAUCAAAAUUUUUUAAAUCUCCUACCAUGAGAAGAUUGUUGCUAUUUCAUUGAUAUUUAUCAGCUCCAUGAGAUUUAGUCUCUAGAAUCAUGAGGACAAAUUAAGUAUGUGAUGUGUCAGCAGUUCCAUGAAUGCUAUAAAAAAAAAGGCAAGAGGCACUCUUUCUCAGCUUCCUGACAGUUCGCACAAGACUCAAGAAUCGACAUAAGUGUUGCAACCGCAAACAGCUUUACAUCUGUCCAGUGGGUCAGUUUACGUUUCAUUCAUUCAAAAUUUCAUUUCAUCUGAAAAUGCUUGCUUACAAAAUGCCUCAGUUUUUACAGAAAUAAUUUCAUGUAUUUUCAAGCAUUUUUUCAGGUAUUUUAAAAUUUGUGAUACUUUAUAUUAUGACAUAGGAUUUACCUUCAAAUGCAGGUAUUUCAUUUAAAGCAGUGCAAUAAGUGAAACAUGCAUUAUGUCAUAUUUUAUAAUAAAUACAAUGUGUACACUGUAAUAUUUUAAAGAAAUCUUUUAGCUGUACAUUACACUGUAAGUCAUAACUACUGUACACCAUACCUUAUGCAUCAUUGUAAAUAUUGUAUAUGUUAUGUUCUAAUGAAAUAAUAAUUUAAUAAAAACAUUUCAUGUUGA